AUGGCUGAAUCAGAAGUUCAGGAAGGAAACUAUGAUAACAUGGUAAAGAUGGUGGAGGAACUGAAAAGAGAUUUAGAAAAACUUCUGGAUGAAAUGGAAAAACUAACAGUGGGGGCAACCUGGAUGGCAUUUGACAUGGUGGUCAUGCGUACCAACCUUGACCUUGCCAACUCCAUGAAGCGUUUGGAAGAUGCCUUCUUGAGUUGCAAAGAAGAGAUAAAGAAAUGGCAAGAAGUGCUAAUGGAAUUUAAAGAUUGUUCUUCUCAAACCCUCUGA